UGAUGCUUAGAGAGGUGUAAUAUCCAACGAGACGGCAGCGACACAUCACACCUGCUUUCCGUUAAAUUACUUCACCAACCCGCGGCAUUUCUUGAGAAUUACUAUUAUUCUCGUUUAACCGACAUCCAUGCGAUUCUUCAGGCUUACCUUCAAGUGCUUUGUCGACUGCUUUUGAGACCCUCGUCAGCCUGCGACGCACGUCAAUUAUUAUAAUUUGGACCUCAAUCUUAUUAACCAUCUGCUGAAGAUCGAUUCUUAUACAAACAAUCCGACAGCAAUCCGGAGGAAAACAACCGAACCAGGCAAACCAAAAAAAGGGUCAAGAACCGUUAUUUGUAAAUUCUCGGGCGCGCGGCGCUCCUGCUGGCCAUUGCGCGCGCGGCAUGUCGCCAGAAGAGCAUUUCUCCAAUGAUGGAGGCUCUUGUGAGGAUGAGUCUCAGGAGGAUGCAGAAGUCGCCCGUCCUUUGGUGUCAGAGACUGAAGGGUCCAACACAGACGUGGCUGAGCCCAGUGUUUGUACCAGUCUGGUGGACACAGGUGAUCCUACAGCAGAACUGGGGCAUUCGGAUCGACAAACCUGGAGCAGACAGAUGGACUUCAUCAUGUCCUGUGUUGGAUUUGCUGUUGGCCUUGGAAACGUAUGGAGGUUUCCUUACCUCUGUUAUAAGAAUGGAGGAGGUGUGUUUCUAAUCCCCUACAUCCUGAUGGUGUUUUUUGGUGGUAUUCCUGUGUUCUUCCUGGAGAUUGCUCUGGGUCAGUUCAUGAAACAGGGAGGGGUCGCCACAUGGAACAUUGCGCCUCUUUUUAAAGGGCUUGGUCUGGCAUCAAUGGUGAUCGUGUUCUUCUGCAACACAUACUACAUCAUGGUGCUGGUGUGGGGCUUGUAUUUUCUGGCUCACUCCUUUACUUCCUCUCUGCCGUGGGCCACGUGUGGACAUGAGUGGAACACGGUCAACUGUACCACUAACUUCAGCCGGAUGUGUUUCAAUCAGUCUCUGUCUUCUUCCCAUCCUAACAUCUCCUCCCUCAACAUCAGUGCCGGCUGCCUUGAGCCCACGGGUUUGCGAUCAUCUGUUAUGGAAUUCUGGGAGCGUAAAGUACUGCGUCUCUCUGGCGGUUUAGAUGAAGUAGGUGACAUCAGCGGUCACAUGGUCUUGUGCCUACUUGCUACAUGGAUCAUCGUCUACUUCUGCAUCUGGAAGGGGGUGAAGUCUGCUGGAAAGGUUGUAUACUUCACUGCUGUGUUUCCCUAUCUGGUCCUGGUGGUGUUGUUUGUUCAUGGCGUCUCACUGCCAGGAGCUAUUAACGGUAUUAUUUACUACCUCAAACCAGACUGGAGCAAACUCUCAGAGGCACAGGUAUGGAUUGAUGCUGCUACACAGAUCUUUUUCUCUUAUGCUAUUGGUCUGGGGGCCCUGACAGCUCUUGGCAGCUACAACCGAUUCAACAACAACUGUUACCAGGAUGCAUUCGUUCUGGCUCUCAUAAACAGUGGCACAAGCUUCUUUGCAGGAUUUGUUGUUUUCUCAGUUCUGGGAUUCAUGGCUGCUGAACAAGAUGUUGACAUCAGUAAUGUGGCAGAAAGUGGUCCUGGUUUAGCAUUUAUUGCAUAUCCUAAAGCAGUGUCACUCAUGCCUUUAGCACCACUGUGGGCGGUGCUGUUCUUUCUCAUGCUGCUAGUGUUGGGAUUGGACAGCCAGUUUGUUGGUGUCGAAGGCUUCAUCACUGGAAUAAUGGACAUGUUGCCCCCAAAGUCUUUCAUAGGCUCUCUGCGUCGUGAAGUUGUUGUGGCAAUAUGCUGCUUUACUUGUUUUACCAUUGACCUUUCCAUGGUGACAGAGGGAGGCAUGUAUGUGUUUCAGCUGUUUGAUUAUUACUCUGCGAGUGGGAUUACUCUGCUCUGGCAAGCCUUCUGGGAGUGUGUGGUGGUGGCCUGGGUCUAUGGUGCUGAUCGCUUCAUGGAUGAUGUGGCCUGUAUGAUCGGCUAUCGUCCUCUGCCGUAUAUGAAGUGGUGCUGGUCCUACAUCACGCCGGUAGUGUGUAUGGGUGUAUUCUUGUUUCAUGUGGUCAACUACAAGAGGUUAGUGUAUAAUGCGGUGUAUGUGUACCCGUGGUGGGGUGAGGCACUGGGCUGGUUUCUCGCUCUCUCAUCCAUGCUCUGUAUUCCUCUCACCGUCCUCUACAAACUGCUGCACUGCAAAGGCUCACUCAUGGAGCGCUGGCAGCAUUUGACCACACCAAUCUGGGGCCGACAUCACCUUGAGUUCCUUCCACCAGAGAAUGAAGCCAGACUUCUAGCAAAAGCUGAAGAAAAUAAAAGCACACUCUUAUAUGAAAGUGUCAUUUAAUGUCAUUAGCAAAUGAUCACUGCCCUGCACUUACACAUACACACAAGUGUUUACUCUGUUAUGAGCUAGUCAAAUUCAUAAAGCCAUAUGCCAUUAACAUACACAGUGUUAUUCACUACAGCACUUCACCCACACCAGUCCCACAGUAAUACUGCUGAUUUUUGCUUCUCUUUCAGUGUGAUUAUACAUCAGGCACACGAGAUAAUCAUGUGUGCUUAUGUUUGACUGUCGGUGAUCUGUCUAGUGUGAUGAUGCUCCAGUAUUAUGUGUGCUUGUGUUUGUUACCCUGCACUGGGGUCUUACAGCAGUGUUGUCGAGCAGAGAGUGGGCUGUAUUAAAUAAAAAACA